UAUAUCAAUUUAUAAAGUAUGUAAUAACGAUAGUUCUUCACUGUCUGUGUUACAGGCUUCCACCGCCGCAACAGCAGGUGACAGUCGGCUCUUUGGGCAGUGGUUUGGGGGCAGCCGCUGGAAAUGGUGGUACAGGCACGGUGGGCGCACAAGGUCAAGCCAUGGUAAUGCCAGGAUUUCCACUUCGCGCUGCAGCGGUACCACAUUAUUCGCCGUAUUCGCCGUCACGUUUUCACAUCGACAAACGAUGCCAGCACAGAUGCUCCUGGAAAUGUUUCUCGAUCGCGUUGAUCCUUCUGGCUGUUGCGCUGACGGCGAUGCUGGCUUACUUCGCCACAGUGAGCUCCAUGCGGCCGAUAGACAGCACGAAAUGCGUGGUGGUCCAAGACGUGAAGGCUGUCACUCACGAGAACGCGCACGUUCACGACCCGAUAUCAACGCAAAUACCCACCGAAGAGUCGCUGCCGACGAGCACAGCGGAGCAUUCGAGCGCGUCGGACAGCGCCGGGGACCAACAGAGUGACCCUCAGAUUCAGCAAUCAGCGCAGCAAUGGCCGGCGGUGCUGGAACUGCAAGCGUACAACGUGGCCCACUCGGCCGUGAUUCCGCCUUACCAUUUUUGGAACACCGAGUUUCGGAACAAACAGCCGGCCUUCAUCCGGCUGAACCUCACUCUGCCGUGGGGCGCGAACUUCGCCGUCUACGGACGGAGGAACGUCGCGCCGAGCGUCACUCAGUACGAUUUCGUGGAGUUCGUGAAGGGCGGCCGGGUCGAUCACAGGCUGAAACGCGACGCUAGCUCGGAGGCGGUCAGUUUCAUGAAAACGGCGGCGACCGAGCAACGUGACAACAGUGACAACCGGCCGUAUCAACACGUGCUCAUCAAACGAACGAUCGUGGAGCCGAUGAUGGUGAACGUUAGCCUGCUUCAGUACUUGGACACCGGACGUUGGUUCCUCUCGGUGUACAACGACGAGUUGCAGCCGUACAAGGUCACCCUGGUCGUGACGGAAGCCGAGGGCGUAUCGACUACCUGCCCUAACGACUGCUCUGGAAGAGGAUCGUGUUAUCUCGGAAAGUGCGACUGCAUCGACGGGUAUCAGGGAGCCGAUUGCAGUAAGAGCGUGUGCCCGGUGUUGUGCUCGUCUCACGGACAAUAUGGCGGUGGUAUGUGCCACUGUGAGGACGGCUGGAAAGGUGCCGAAUGCGAUAUACCAUUAGGCGACUGCCAAGUUCCUGAUUGCAAUCAACACGGACAGUGCGUUAGAGGAUCGUGUGUUUGUAAUCCUGGCUGGAAAGGCGUCUUCUGCGAUGAACCUGAUUGCUCGGAUCCACACUGCAGCGGGCACGGCGCGUGCGUGGCUGGCAAAUGCUAUUGCAAAGCAGGUUGGCAGGGCGAAAGGUGUAACCAGGUCGACCAGCAGGUGUACCAAUGUCUGCCUCGUUGCUCUGACCACGGCACGUACGACCUCGAAUCCGGAAGCUGCGUCUGCGAGGGACACUGGACCGGUGUAGAUUGUUCACAACCAAGCUGUGGCCUCGAUUGCGGACCCCACGGAACCUGCGAGCAGGGUCUUUGCAAGUGCAACGACGACUGGACCGGAACCAAGUGCGAUCAGAAACCGUGCGACGCACGCUGCGCGGAACACGGUCAGUGCAAGAACGGAACCUGCGUUUGCAGUCAAGGCUGGAACGGUCGGCAUUGCACUUUGCCUGGAUGCGAGAACGGAUGCAGUCGUCACGGGCUCUGCACCCUCCAAGAUGGCGAAUACAGUUGCGAGUGUUCAACCGGAUGGGCGGGAAGGGACUGCAGUAUACGGCUCGAAAUGGAAUGUAAUGACUUUAUUGAUAACGACGAGGAUGGCAUGAUGGACUGUUCUGACAGCGAGUGCUGCUCGCACGCAGCUUGCGCAGAGCAUAUCAUGUGCCUUACUAGUAAUAAUCCUGUGGACGUCCUUCUCCGCAAGCAACCGCCCAGCGUGACCGCGUCCUUUUACCAGCGUGUGAAAUUCCUCGUUGAGGAGAACAGCGUACAAAGCUACGCUCACAUGAACGAGUACACCGAAAGGUAAGAUCGAUCACUUCUUCCUCACACGGUUCUACAUUCAGUCAAUCAUUCUAAUAUUUUUAGAGGAACGCUUAGUUGUAUAUAUACUUUAUUUUUACGACGUCUAACAGGAUAUAACUGCGUUUAGACGAACGAGCCAAUCGUUGGACGCCUGAGAGUUUUCUUUUUUUUUUUUUUUUUUUUUUUUUUCGAAGAAAAUCUUCUUCGUUGUUCGUAAUUCGACUCGGUGGCAGAAAGAUCUGUUGAUCACAUUUCGUUAAGUAUAUUAAAUACAACGGAGGAGCGGGAACGCGAAACUGAAAGGGAAUAUGAACGGUAUCGCAGACUUUCAAGUUCGUGGAAGUUCUAUGGAUCGAUAAGAAAUGCUUCGAUGCAUAAUUGAUCGUUUUAUAAUCAGUGUUGAUGAAAGUGGAAAUGUUUGAAGGUCUCGUUGAAGAGGAUAAAAAGGCGCGUCCUCUCAAUAGAUGCAAGAUUUUUAAGAACGCCCGCGGAAAAUACACGCUCUCGAAAGUCCGCGAACGUAAAUAAAUAAUCAGUUGAGUCGUUUCCCCUUUGAGCGACGCGACAAAUUUGAAAAAAAGUCCGAGAGGGAAUUAAUUUUCAGUUGCAACAACGGCUGGCUCGUUCGACGAUCGUCGAUACACGUAGGCAACCGGUUUUUAGCCAACGAAAAAAAAAAGAAAAAGAAAUGGAAAAGGAAACGAUGAAGGAAGGAAA